AUGAGGUGGCUAUAUUCUCCACUCCGGCAUUGCGUCUCACUCGAUGUCGGCCUCUCACGGUCGCGGCUUUUCUUUUGUCUCGGCCUGGCAGCGACCUUACUGCUCCUAUCAUAUCAACUGAUUCUUAACCAAGUCCCAAAUGUGCCCGGCUGGACGAAAAUCCAAGGCCUGGUCGUGCUGGGCGAUCAUUUCAUUCUGGACCCUGUACAACCCGCCAACAAGGAAUUGGUAUUCGCCGCUAUGCAGGACAGCAAUAUGUCCUGGGUGAAAGAACACCUGCCAGACUGGGAAGCUAACAUAUAUCGUGUUGAUGCGAAAGACGAAGAUGGUGGCUUGACAGUCCCUGUGAAUAAGGGUAAUGAGGCUAUGGUAUAUCUCACCUAUAUUAUUGAUCGAUAUUGGUCCCUCCCGGAAGUUUUAGUCUUCUUGCAUGAAGGCCGCUACCAAUGGCAUGUUGAUAACCCACUAUACGACUCUGUGAUUUCAAUCUCCCAUCUCAACCUUGACUUCGUCCACGAGGCUGGCUAUGUGAAUCUGCGCUGCGCCUGGAUCAUCGGCUGUCCCCGAGAACUCGAGCCGGCUCGCUAUCUCCGCGAGAGACCUGAUGACCACGACCAUCCGACGGCAGUUGAGUAUCCCGAUCGAUUUAUGGAGCUGUUUCCUCGUGCGGAGGUCCCCGAGGCUGUCGGGACGCCGUGUUGUAGUCAGUUCGCGUUGUCGAAGACGAAGAUCCAUGAACGGAGUCUUGAAGAUUAUGUUCGUUUGCGGCGCUGGUUGUUGGAAACGGAAUUGGAGGCUGGCAUCAGUGGGCGCAUUUUGGAGUAUUCGUGGCACAUGAUCUUCGACAGCGACAUCGAAAAGCAAUGGGUAUGGCGUGGUUUACAGUUGCCGGAAGGAUGGCCGGAACAGCGCGAGACUGCGUGA